GUCUCAUAAACGACCAUAAAAACACGCACGGGGACGCGCCGCGGCCGCUGCCAGCCGUGCCGCCGAGAUGGACCAAUCCCCCCCGGCCUGCCUUCAGUGGGAGGGGGACGUUUUCAGCCCGGUACCCCCAACAGGCUCCCAGGGAUUUCCAGCAGCGCCAGGGCCACUCCUGGAGGAAAAAAUACUCCCUCGUCAACCGCCCGCCGGGAUCAGCGUGUGAUGGCGGAAGCGCCGGCGGAUCUCAAGCUUUUGGAAGCCGUGGGGACAACCAGGCCCCUGAGCCACCAGAAUCGUCCCCAGAGAGACAUGUGGACUUGACCACAGAUGGUAAUAUCGUUGUGGGGAUCCAGCUGCCACAGAGGGCUGGCCCGUUUGUAGACACGAAAGAUUUUGCCGCCGUGGGUUCUUACUGUGAGUUUUCUGGGCUGAAAACGGUGGUCGUUGCUCCAGGUGACAGUGGAAACGCGCCGAAAGCCCUGCCCGCCGGCCAAAGCGUGGAGAGAAGACCCUCGCUCUCCAUUUCGUUUAGUUCCUCUCACCGCUUCGUGAGCUCAGCCUACGGGAGCGCGGCGGAGAAGCCUCGAACGGUGCGUCUUGCCGGUGACGCGGCCGGGAGCUUCCCUACCUCCUGUAGAAGCACCAGCGAAAGCGCCGUGACGCUGAAGUCGGAACCUUUGGCGUCGCCGGAUCGUGAGCCGGCUCAGCACUCGGUACGGAGGAAGGCAGAACCACCAGCUCCGGGACAGUCUGGUUGUGAGCAGCUCGGGGAGGCUUUCAGAGAGCCGAAGCUCCUUGGGAAGGGUGAGACAGGCUCUGGAUCCACUCAGGCUGCGGCUUCGGUGGUUGGGGUGACGCCGGUGAAGAGCAGGUUUUCGGUAGUCCCCAAAGCUGGCGGUCUCCAAAGAGCUGCCUCCACAUCCAUCUCCAGCAAAGCUCCGAAGUUCAGGAAAACGAAUUACACGUGGAUCGCAAGCCCUGGUAGAUGCUCUCGUCCUGUGAAGAGAUGGGUCAGCCCUAGAGCUUCUGAAAGUGCCAAGAAGGUGGCCGGUGGAGGGGACAGAGGUGCUAAACUGUCACCAAAAGCAGACUUGGGAGCAAAACUGAAGAAAUCAGGACUGCAGGCCAAACUGGGCGUUUCUCCCAGUAAGUAUAAGUGGAAAGCCUCCAGCCUCCAGACCUCGCCCUCCACCUCCAAGUCAGCGUUCAGGUGGCGAUGCGAGGAUCAGAAAAAACCGCCGGCCCCCAACCUCCCUCGAGCCGGCGCCGCCCCACCGCCUCCGUCCGUUGGUCUCGGCGGGGUGAAGUCGUCCUUCGGCGACGCCGCGUUGUCCAGCUAUAAAGUGAAGAGCCGAACAAAAAUCAUCAAGAGAAAAGGCAACGCGGG